AUGUGGGUGGCGCUUAGAUCGAAGCACCAAUGCCUGUAUGGGAACGGUCCAUUCGGGUUCUACGCAGCUAGCUUGCCCACAGCAGGUGACGAGGCAUGCGAGAUAAGCCUUACCAUCAGAACGGUCAACUACACCGUAGACUAUCCAAUCCGUCCGCAUGUCCAAAUGCCGAUGCUGGUUCGAUUUUUCCAGGAUAAACAGGGCCUAUCUCCAUACCAGGUGGAAGUAGGUAGUCUAGCAAACUACAUGCGCUCGACAUGGAUUACCCAAGCCCUCGCCGACCCGUGCUUGCUGCAUGCCACCUUGUUCUCAGCUGCCGUCCAAUUGGACGCGCUAGCCGGCGCUGAGCAACCAAGCUACGCGACUUUAUAUCAUCAAUUCAAUGCCGUUAGGCUUAUAAGGUCUAGGCUGGCCAUGGCCGGUCUGGAUCGCCCAGAUGAUUCCACAAUAGCGUCCGUCCUCCUAUUGGCAAUACACAGCUCACUCCAGUUUGAACAAGACUCGGUAGAGGUGCACCGCCAGGGCCUAAUUCAGCUCAUUGCUGCCCGGGGUGGGCUGGAUAAACUUGGUUUCGACGGGUUCCUGGCCCGUAUCAUCCAGGGGAGCCUCUCCUUCCUUAUCAUUGCCUACGAUCAGCCCGAGCCAUUUCCCAUCCCCGAACAGGAAGCACCGCUCGGUCCUCAUACCUUCAUUUGGUUGGUUCUAAAUGAUUCCAACAAGUCUCCCAACGAGCAAAUCAGGCACCUCUUGCUGAAUCUGUUUCAGGAUGUUCAACAGUUAGUUCGAGAGGUUUGCACUGAAAGAGAGUUGUGGCCGCAUGCCCCGAGCAAUUCAUGCAUAAAUGCCUUGUUAGAAGGAUUAAGUUCCAGGCCAGAUCCUGCUUCGUUGGAGCAAGUAUCUGAGCUAUCAAAGAGAGAGCUCGCCCUUUUGAGAGCCUGCUCCAUCUCCGGCAGGAUCCUAACAUACGUGCUAGAUGACCGAUUGCCCUGGUCAGAGCAGCAGCUAGACCGACUCCUCGAAGAGCUAGAGGUGGCAAUCGACACCACUGACCGAGGAACCUGGCUGAAACACAGUCCGGGGGCGAAUGUAUGGGUUGCAGUCAUGGGAGCCGCAAUGUGCAGAGAUACUAACGGGCGAGCAUCCUUUAUGUUGAAGGAGAAUUGCGUCGUCUCCUCUAUAAAGGGCACCGAAUCAUCGCACUAUGUAGCGUCUCGGUUCUGCUACCGCUGGCUAAAGGAAAGACGGCUGGCGCGGUCUAGAAUUAUUGAAAUCUGA